AUGGAUUCUCCAUCGACGUCUACACAUACUCAUCAUAUAACGUUCUCGAAGCUACACGGAAGCAAGAACUUCAAUAACUGGUUAUUCAGUAUUCAGUGUUUGCUCACCGAUCAAGGACUCUGGGAGGUCUGUACAAAAAAAGACGAAUUGACAGACCCCGCAGAAAAGCAAAAAGACGCUCGUGCUCGAGCAAAGAUAUGCCUGUCCUGCAACGAAAACGUGUAUCCGGUAAUAAGGUCAGCUAAAACUGCGUAUGAAACACUGCAAUGCCUAAAAAAGGCUUAUGCAGAUAGCGGCCUGACAAGAAGACUGGCUUUGAUGAGGAAGUUACUAUCCAAUAAAUAUGAUGGUAACAUGGAAGAAUAUGUGAACAAAUCGUUGGCUACGCAACAGGAACUCCAAAGCAUUGGCGCGUCAGUCGAGGACGAGUUUCUGGCUAUCGUGAUGCUCGCCGGCCUGCCAGAAGAGUUUAAGCCAUUAGUGAUGACCCUGGAACACGCUAACAUCGCUAAGAUAACAUCGGAACACGUCGUGACGGCUCUACUAAAGGAAGAUUCUCGUGCCGUCAGCGCUGCAUCCGGCAGUACCCAGCCUGCACCUGACAAACAAGGACCAGCAAACGUGCUGCAAGCCCGCUCGUCGAAGACGAAAUCUAAAUUAUUUUUGGUUGACGUCAUGGAUUCCUGCCGCUGCUGCCUGCGGUGUGCUCCGGACAAGGACCUGACGACGCCGUACACACAUAACGGCAAAACGGAGACAUUUUACGAUUUGUUCAAAGAAUGCUUCGAUAUUCAUUUGGUACUAGGCGGCUCGGGCUCGUGCGGCAUCUGCUGGGCGUGCGUGGGCCGCCUGCGAGACGCGAGCGACUUCAAGCUGCAAGUGCAGCGCAGCCAGGCGGAGCUGCAGGCACUGUUUGCUAAAGAGUCUGCGGUCAAGUUAGAGCAGACUGAUGAUGGCGCGGACGAUGACUCUGUGUUCGAAGUGCUAUAUGAAGAACCCAUUGAGAAAUCAGAGUUGGUUGGAGAAGAGGCGACCCAUGAACUCAUGGAUGUAGACCCCCUCGUCAAGUCGGAGACGGAUGAUGUUACGAGUGACGGCGACUUAGCGGCGGGUACUAAAAGGAGGGCUCAAACCAGAAAACCGAAGACAGAACGGAAGAAACAAAAAACAAAUCAAGUUGAAACAGUUAGCGCUCAAGGAGGGUCCCAAAGAGAGGCUCAAGAAGAGUUACGAAGAGGGGCUAAAGGAGAGAAACAGUUAGCUCUAAGGGAUGCCUCAUUAACUUCGAGCCUAACAAAUAUUUUAGGAUCAUUUUUUAAAAAGUUUGAAGAGAGUCCGCCUAAAUCUAUUCCGACUACAAAUGUGCCUCCAAGCGAUGCCGCAUUACCUUCAAACUCAACCCUUCUAUCGGGCCCAGCAGCAGAUCCAAACGAAAUAUCCAAUCCUUCCAUGUAUAUAUCAAACUCAUUCGAUUCUUUGCCCGCUCUACCUACUAGUCUCAAUGGCAUUACGAAUAUAAAUCUUGAAAAUCUAGAUGAAGCAGAACCUCCUGUCUUGUACCUAACUGGAGAUCUUGAACAUGAAAAUACGAAGAAAGAUUCCACUCCCGGCUCAAGUACUAAGGCAAGCAUCAAAAUGAACACUGCUAAAAAGAAAAAACCGUACACAUCCAUUCAGUUACAAAAUGCUAUAUCAGCUGUUAAAGAUGGCAUGGGUAUUUCAGAGGCAUCUCAAAAAUUUUGCAUCCCAAAAGCUACCCUUCAUGACAAAGUUCAUAAAAAAUAUCCAGAAGAUGCAACUCCCGGUGCGCAAACAGUGCUAAAUAAAGAAGAAGAAAAACAACUUGUGACGUGGAUACUCUAUUUAAGUGAUGCCGGGUUUCCAAUAACAAAACCGAAUCUUAUUAAUACUGUGAAAAAUUUGGUACAAAAUCUAAAGAGGAAAAAUUCUUUUAAAAAUGGCACACCUGGACGGCAUUGGUAUGAGGGAUUUAUGGCCAGACACCCCGAGCUUUCAAUGAGAGUAUCACAAAAUCUUACAGCACCAAGAGCAAAGAUUACUGAAGAAUCUAUUCGAGCCUGGUUUGAUCGCAUAGAUAGGUAUUUCACAAAAGAAAACUUAAAGGAGGUUCUGGCUGAUCCGCGACGAUUAUUUAAUUGUGCAGAGUCAGCCUUUAACCUUAGUCCACAAAGUUCUGUCAUUGUACAAAGCAGCAAUAGAGUUUACAGCAAAAUUGCAAACGACGAAAAAGAGAGCUUGACAGUAUUGAUGACGGUAUCUGCGGAUGGGAAUAUACAGCCACCAUUAGUGUUAUUUAAGCGUACGCCAACAACAAGCAUUACCAUGCCGCCAAAAUGGGGUUUCGGUCGAUCAGAAUCAGGUCGGACGACCGGAGAGACUUUUUGUGAAUACGUAACAAACGUUUUCUAUCCUUGGUUGAUUGGGCAUAACAUUCCUCUCCCAGUCAUUUUGUUUAUGGAUCACUCAUCUCAUAUUAAUUUGCCGCUAUCCGAAUUCUGCCGAGAAAAAAGAAUUAUCUUGAUCGCUCUCCCAUCAAACUCAACACAUCGUCGCCAUCCGCUAGAUGUUGCAGUUUUUCCUCCUUUAAAGCACCUCUGGAAAGUGUAUAGGCAAACAAAUAAUCCAAAUACGGAGUUAAAAGAGGAAGAUUUCGCGAAAGCAUUGGACCAGUGCAUAAAAAAAGCUUCAUUGAAGGAUGCAAUUGUAAGUGGAUUCAGGACCUGUGGUUUGUCCCCGUUUAAUCCAGAUAGCAGUGACUACAAUAAACUUAUUAAACAUGUUAAAGAGACUGAUAAAACAACCGCAAAAGAUAACGACAAAGACAACGAGCUGAUAAAGCCAACGAGGGCACCAAGUACCUUCCUUGCAGGAGUGGAAAGGAGGAUUCCAGGAAAUGACCUUGAAGAAUUCCGAAUGAGUGGAGAAACUUGGCUAGUUUCUGAAAAUCAUGGUUUGUUUUAAUUUUGAAAGAAGAUUAAUGAAGAAUGUUUACUCGAAUCCGAUCACGAUGAAACACUAAACGUAAACAUCGAUCUUCUGGCAGGGGUGCGAAACUCCUGACUUCGGCCGAACUCGGCUCCGCUCGGCUCAGCAUUGCUCCGAAAAAUUAUUAGAGUUAGCACCACUCGACUUCCUUUUGCGUGCACGACCACAGCACAGAUAAGGUUGCUUUGAGCCGCUGCGAAGAUAGAAGCAUAACAGAAAUGGAAAAUAUUUCACUAAGAAAAUUUAGUUCGGAAAAUGAUACAGCCGAGGAAACCGGAAUUAAUGAAGAAAACGUAUAGUGUAUACAACAUUAUUUGCGGUAUUUGACGUCUGUCACUCACAACAGCAAUACUACGUAAAAUGUCUUGCACAUCGAAAUCACAAAGUAAAACAACUGCACUGCAAACGUUUCCGUUCUACGUCUUUUUUUUUUUAAUUUUAGGGUUGGCCGGUCACCAUCGUUAUGAAUCAGUAGUAGUCUAAGUAAAUCGAUAUGAAUUUUUCAUUUUUCUUUUAAUAAAAGUAAGGAGAAGGUGGAUAAUUAACUGUAAAUAUGGAUAUAUUUAUCGUCACCUAACAGACAACAAAUUUGACACAGAAAUAACAUAAAUAAACUUUAAAAUAGAUCCCCAGUUAGUUUAGAUUUUGACGAUGGGUGCGACCUACUCGGUCGGUGUAUUAAAUGCAUUUACCUUGCGGGAAAACCAUAUAAUUCUAGCUUUAUUUAAAUCUCAAAUAAAAAUUCAUUAUACGUCACAUUUCGAUACCUCAGUCUACGUGCCAUCCAAUCGUAAUCGCUUGCUGUGACAAUCGAUUUGGGUUAGUUACAUCUCUAUACACGUCAGUCACAAUGUGUCAAAUAACGCAAAUAAUAUUGCAUACAGUAUAUUUGUAGAUGUUUUUUUUUUCCUUUAUUUGUCAAAAAACAAUCAAGACGAUUACUACAUGUGGUAUCUUUCAGUUAUUGUACCUAUAAAAAACAAAAUCAUUAUGAAUAAAGGUCUUGAAUUUA